AUGGAGCUCAGAGGGCGGGUACUUUGCCGUGGCGGUGGAGCUCAGAGGGCGGUGACUUUGCCGUGGUGGAGCUCAGAGGGCAGGGACUUUGCCGUGGCGGUGGAGCUCAGAGGGCGCUCAGAGGGCGGUGACUUUGCCGUGGCGGUGGAGCUCAGAGGGCGGGUACUUUGCCGUGGCGAUGGAGCUCAGAUAGCGGUGACUUUGUCGUGGUGGAGCUCAGAGGGCAGGGACUUUGCCGUGGCGGUGGAGCUCAGAGGGCGUUGA